AUGGUCAAUAAUUCAAAAACAUCAUGCAAGAGAAGCAUACUGAAAUUCUUUCUUUUAACUACACUUCUAAAUGCUUGUUCCAACUCUAAGGCUUUGAAAUCAAAAGAUGAAUACCACGUCGCAUCUGAAUUAAUACCGGGUUUAUCGUCAAUAAAGGAUACAUCAUUGAUCCCAGAGAUGUUUGCAGGUCAAAUCCCAUUACAAUCUCCAAAUGAUGAUUCAGAAGAUGAGGAUGGACGUAAAUAUUUUUUCUGGAAGUUCCAUGAUAAGAAGAAAAAUCAUGAUUCUAUAAUCUUUUGGUUGAAUGGUGGUCCAGGUUGUUCAUCAAUGGAUGGCGCUCUUGUUGAAUCAGGACCAUUUAGAAUAGAUUCUAGCGGGAAAGCUCAUUUGAAUGAUGGAUCAUGGCAUACGAGAAGUGAUUUGGUUUUCGUUGAUCAACCUGUAGGAACUGGAUUUUCUACUUUUACUCAUCAUCAAAACCAAAUCAAUCAGAAUCAGAAUCAGAAUGAGAAUCAAAACAACCAGAAUCAGAAUGAGAAUCAAAACAACCAGAAUCAAAAUGAGAAUCAAAAUGAGAAUCAAAACGAGAAACGUAACAUGAAUAUGAUAUAUGAUAAAGAUUUAGAAAAUGUCACCGCACAUUUCAUGCAAUUUUUAGAAAAUUAUUUUACGAUUUUCCCAGAUGAUGUAUCUAAAAAAAUAUUAUUAGCUGGUGAAAGCUACGCAGGACAAUACCUCCCAUUCAUCGCAAAGGCAAUGUUAGAUCAUAAUUUAUCAUUAGAAACUGAUCCUGGUGAAGAUUCAGAAUAUAACAUUCAGGGAUUAUUAAUAGGUAAUGCUUGGAUUGACCCCUCUAUACAAUCUCUAUCAUAUUUACCAUUUGCCAUGGAAAAAAAUAUAAUUACGAAGGAUCAUCCUAAUUUUAAAGAUUUAAUGAAUGCUCAUGAGAAUUGUCAAAAAGUUGUCAAUAGCAAUCAAGAUGUCUUUUCAUUCGAUGAAUGUGAUAAGAUUAUAAAUCUAUUAUUACAAUAUACAAGAGAUUUAUCCAAGGGUACACCUGAAAAUCAAGUUUGUUUGAACGUUUACAACAUCGACUUGAAAGAUUCUUAUCCAUCUUGUGGAAUGAAUUGGCCCGUAGACAUACCAAAUGUUAGUAAAUUUUUCAAUACUCCCGGUAUUAUGGAAGCUUUAAAUAUUGACUCUACUGAAUUGGACUCCAAUUCCAAUUCCGAUUCCAAUUCUAAUUCUCAUUUCCCUAAAUGGCAAGAAUGUAAUAGGAACGUUCUAAAUAAAUUAACAAAUCCAAUUUCAAAACCUUCAAUCAACCUAUUCCCUGAAUUAAUGCAUAAUGGUAUAGAAAUCGUCUUAUUUAAUGGUGAUAAAGACUUAAUUUGUAAUAAUAAAGGGAUAUUAGAUGUCAUCAACAAUUUAAACUGGGGCGGUACUAAAGGUUUCACCAACGAUAUGGAACAAUAUAAAUGGAUUCAUGAAGAUUUGGAUGCUGGGUACGUUCAAUAUGAUAAAAAUUUAACUUUUAUCAAUGUUUAUAAUGCAUCACAUAUGGUACCUUAUGAUAAAGCUUUGGUAAGUAGAGGAAUCGUGGACAUUUUCCUUAAUAAUGUUGAAUUUGAUGAAGACACUGCAACACUAAUAAGUUCGAAUGAGUUAGAGGAAAAUUCUAAAGAAUCUGAUAAAGCAAAUAAAGAAACUCAGAAUGAAAGUGACAGUGAAAGUGAUGACGAAAGUGACAACGAUGAUGAUAAGUCCGAUGAAGAGGAAAGUGCACCUGAGGACGACGCUGAUAAUGACGACACAGAUGACUAUACAGAAGAAGAAAAGAACGAAGAAGGGUAUUCGGCAUUCAGAAAGGCGACUGUAGGUAUUUUCAUAUCGUGCACCCUUAUUUCUAUCUUUUACAUCAUUUUCAUUCAUGAUCGUAUAUUCCCAAAGAGGAGUAUAUUUAGUAGAUUAGAUCAAACACAAUCACAACAACCAAAGACUGUAUCAUGGGCAGAUGAUAUUGAAAAUGCGGAUCUAGAAGCAGGAUGGGAUAAUGAUGACUUUGAUGCUGAAGCUGAUGUUGAUUUUUCAGAUUUUGAUGACGAUGAUGACGAAGCCGCUCAUGGUACUGAUGAUGCUGAGAGUGGAAAUAGUAUCAAUAAUACAGGUGAAGAGGAUGCUACAAACGCUAAAGGUAAGAAAACGAAGCCAAUUCCAAAGCCUAAGAAGAAAGGGAAAUAUUCAAGUGUUCCUAAUACAGAUAUGGAUGAAUCAUUUGAAAUGGAUGAUUUUUAG